GCUCGUGGAAGGACGACGACCACGGCGGUGUCUCCAGACUUUUAAAUUUCGGUUCGGUCCGCGCCAAAGGAUAUACAGAGACACACACAUUAAUAUAUAGCAUAUACCUACCGCCCACCACCCCUCGAAUACAUAGGCGCAGUGAAAAAUUCUAUACGUUUACUGUGUCUGUGUGCGUCUCUCGCGUCGCGUGUUUCAGUGCAAGAGUGUGUGUGUUUGUGCGAAAUGGGCACAGCGAAAAUAAUUUAAAUAAAUUCGGAAAAAGUCCGUAACGAAAGCUAAUACAAAUUUCUUUACUCCUCGUAAAGUUGGAUACAAGAAGUAAAUUUAACACAGAAAAUAUAACAUAUACCAUAAAGAAGUAUCUAUAUAUUUAAGAUAUAUUCAUGUGUGUGAGCCAGUGUUCAAUGUGCAAAAGUGUUGAUGGAAACUAAAACCAAAUAAAACGUAAAGCUAACCGGGUUUUCAGUCCCAAAAGAGAUUAUAGUAGUAAAAACACAAGCACUCGACAAAAAUCAAUAACUGGGAUUAGUAGCUGGAGUUUAUUACAAAAAGAAACGGAAAAGGAAAUCGACGUUAUAAAAACAAUUAAAUUUGCGCCAACCACGGCAAAACAACGAAAAUGUAUUGAUCAGCAGUGGAAAACAGUAGACUGGACAAAAGGAAUUAACUCCAUGAAUAACUCAAGUGUUAAGUGUAAAAUCCACAAUUGAAAAGGGUGAAAAAUAGAAAAGGAAAAGUCACAGGAAAACAGUGUUGAUAGCAAACAGGAUCAGAAAGUGCCGCGGCAAAAUGGCGGCACGACGUUGCCUGGAUUUGCUCAGGCAACGUUAUAUAACCAACCGAUUUAAUAUAUACACCUGCGCGAUAUAUUUGAUAGCCCUCCCGUUAGUUUUGACCAUAGAGGAGACCACAUUUGCUGGUCUAUCGGCGGAAAAUGCAGCCCGCAUGUUGGCUGGCAGUCCAGGGGAUGUGGAAAAGUCACCCUCGUCACAUCACAGUGAAAUGUCCCUGGUGCUGCCCCACGAUACCUAUCCUGGAUUUAGCAUCAAGAAGUUCAAAACCCAUCCUGUUAAGAUAAAUGGUAGCUCGCAUGCCGGCGGAGCUGCUUAUCACAUGUUGGAUAGUGAUUACUCAAAGUACUUUACCGUACUGGAAGAUGGUGUGGUGAUGACCACGGCGGAUAUAUCCCCGCUGGUCAAUCGUCCAGUUCAAUUGGUGGUCGUUGAACAAACUCCCAAUGUCACCAAUACCCACAAUCUUCAGUUAUUCGUAAUGCAUCGCAAUGACAUGCUGCGAUUUUCGGGUUCCCUACUCGAUGCCAGUGGUGAGGUAAGGGAGAAUCAACCGGCGGGUACCCGGGUAAGAGGAGUGCCCCUAAUGCAGGCCUUCAGUGGUUCCAUCCUGGAUGAAGAACUGGCCACACCCAAGAAAGUUAGGUACACCAUUAUUGACGGCAACGUAGAUGAUGCAUUCGCUCUGCAGGAACGCAAGUCCAAUAAAAAUAUUCAAUUAAGUGCAAAGUCCUUGGUAAUUAAUGGUGAUGAUGAAUCCGGUGUUUGGCUGGUCACCAAUCGUCCUUUGGAUCGAGAGGAAAGGGCUCACUAUGAUCUCUCCGUGGAAGCUUCAGAUGUUGAUGGCUUGGAUAAGACCAUAUCCAAAAUACAAAUCUCAGUGCUAGAUGAAAACGAUAAUAGACCGAUUUUCAAGUCAUUGGAUUAUAAAUUCGCCAUUGCUGGUCAAAAGUCUGCUAAUAUGGAGAGCAAUAGUAGUGUGACUUAUCAGCGAUUUGCGAUCAUGGGCAAAGUUGAAGCCACCGAUGCUGAUGGUGAUAAAAUUGCCUACAGGCUGAAGUCACCAAGCAAUGUUGUAAUUAUCGUACCACAAACUGGUGAAAUAAUGCUGGCAGGUGAACCCACUUCAAACGAACUCCUUAUCGAGGUGAUAGCCCAUGACUUGAGGUAUCCCAGUCUAUUGAGUGCUAAACCAGCGAAGGUUUUGUUGGAAUUCUUGGCUGCUGAACCAGUUUCGUUUAUCAUGCAACAUCUGGAACAUGAUGAGAUAAAUAAUCACUCGCAUCACCGAGAGAAAAGACGAGUUACCCGAGCUGUUCGACCCACCAAGAGGAUUGAAUUCACUGAAGCCGAUGGCGAUACCGAGGGAAAGUCGGUGUUCCAAUUGGAAAAGGAAACCGAUAAGGAAACAUUUAAGAUCCGAGACGAUAACCCCUGGGUGACGGUGGAAACAAAUGGAGCAGUGCGAGUCAAGAAGAAGUGGGAUUACGAGGAGCUGGGUCCAGAGAAAACCAUCGAUUUCUGGGUCAUUAUCACAAACAUGGGACAUAAUGCUGGCAUCAAGUAUACGGACAACCAGCGUGUGAUAAUUCUGGUGAAGGAUGUGAACGAUGAGCCACCGUACUUCAUCAACCGACCACUGCCCAUGCAGGCGGUGGUUCAACUGAAUGCACCACCCAACACUCCAGUUUUCACACUACAAGCUCGGGAUCCCGAUACGGAUCAUAAUAUUCAUUAUUUCAUCGUUCGUGAUCGAACUGGUGGGCGUUUCGAGGUGGACGAACGAUCUGGAGUUGUCAGGACUAGGGGUACGGAUCUCUUUCAACUGGAUAUGGAAUACGUACUGUACGUAAAGGCUGAGGAUCAAAAUGGAAAGGUCGAUGAUCGCAGAUUCCAGAGCACUCCCGAGGAGCGACUUUCGAUUGUGGGUGGCAAACGCGCCCCUCAAUUCUAUAUGCCCAGCUAUGAAGCCGAGAUCCCAGAAAACCAGAAAAAGGACUCAGACAUCAUUUCGAUUAAGGCCAAGUCGUUCGCAGACCGCGAAAUACGUUAUACUUUAAAGGCCCAGGGCCAGGGAGCCGGCACCUUUAACAUUGGACCCACGUCGGGCAUUGUCAAGUUGGCCAAAGAGUUGGACUUUGAGGAUCUGCGACAGCCGCACGUGUACUCGCUGAUUGUGACAGCAACGGAGGACUCUGGAGGAUUUUCCACCUCCGUCGAUCUCACUAUUCGCGUUACGGAUGUGAAUGACAACGCUCCGAAAUUCGAGCUGCCUGAUUACCAAGCUCACAACGUGGAUGAGGAUAUUCCGCUGGGCACGAGCAUACUUCGAGUGAAAGCUAUGGAUUCAGAUUCGGGGUCAAAUGCUGAAAUCGAAUACUUAGUAUCCGAUGACCAUUUCGCCGUUGAUUCAAAUGGAAUUAUUGUGAACAACAAGCAACUGGAUGCGGAUAAUAAUAAUGCUUACUACGAGUUCAUAGUCACUGCCAAGGAUAAAGGUGAACCGCCUAAGUCGGGAGUUGCCACAGUUCGUGUUUACACAAAAAACAAGAACGAUGAAGAGCCAAAGUUCUCACAACAAGUGUAUACCCCAAAUGUGGAUGAGAAUGCAGGUCCUAACACGUUAGUUACCACUGUGGUUGCCUCUGAUAAGGAUGGUGAUAACGUACGGUUUGGCUUCGUGGGCGGCGGCACUUCGUCCGGUCAGUUUGUCAUCGAGGACAUAACCGGUGUUAUCCGACUGCAUAAUAAAGCCAUAUCCCUGGACAGAGACAAGUACGAGCUGAAUGUCACGGCCAUGGACGAUGGAUCAUGUUGUGUGAAUGGCGAUCAAACUAUCCACACCUCAACCGCCGUGGUUGUGGUCUUCAUCACUGAUGUUAACGACAAUAAGCCAGUGUUCAAGGAUUGCAGUACCUAUUAUCCGAAAGUUGAGGAAGGUGCUCCCAAUGGUAGUCCAGUAAUUAAAGUUGUGGCCACCGAUGAGGAUAAGGGAGUAAAUGGACAGGUGAAAUACUCGAUAGUUCAGCAGCCAAAUCAGAAGGGAACUAAGUUCACGGUGGACGAGGAAACUGGCGAGGUGUCCACCAAUAAGGUCUUCGAUCGUGAGGGAGAUGAUGGCAAGUUUGUAUCCGUAACAGUAAAGGCCACGGAUCAGGGUGAUCCAAGUUUGGAGGGUGUUUGCUCCUUCACCGUAGAGAUCACAGAUGUCAACGAUAAUCCUCCACUGUUCGAUCGUCAGAAAUAUGUAGAGAAUGUGAAACAGGAUGCCAGCAUUGGCACAAAUAUCCUCCGUGUCUCCGCCUCCGAUGAAGAUGCCGAUAACAAUGGAGCUAUAGUAUAUAGUCUCACAGCCCCCUUCAAUCCCAACGAUCUGGAAUACUUCGAAAUUCAGGCAGAAUCCGGUUGGAUUGUUCUCAAAAAACCCCUUGACGGUUGUUAUCCACGUGACCGUUAUCGCUUGAGGGUUAGCGCCUCCGAUAAAGGCACUCCCGCCUCGGCAGCCGAUGUCGAUGUUGAGUUAGAUGUCGUCGAUCGGAAUAAUAAGCCACCCAUUUGGGAUAAGAGCAUUUACGGGCCGAUACACAUACGCGAGAAUGUCACUGUGGGUACGGUUGUAACAUCGGUUAAGGCAAGUUCGGGUAUUGAAGGAAAUCCCACAGUUUUUUAUCGACUGAUGCCCGGGUCAACGGCCCAAACGAACAAAUUUCACACGUUCUACUUGCAACAAAGACCGGACAAUGGCGACACUUGGGCCGAUAUAAAAGUAAAUCAUCCGCUGGAUUACGAAAGUAUCAAGGAAUAUAAUCUUACCAUACGUGUGGAGAACAACGGGGCCCAACAAUUGGCAUCGGAAGCGACCGUUUACAUAAUGCUCGAGGAUGUUAAUGAUGAAAUACCUUUAUUCACCGAACGAGAACAGGAAACGGUGCUCGAGGGAGAACCGAUUGGCACCAAAGUGACACAAGUGAACGCCAUCGACAAGGAUGGCACAUUCCCAAAUAAUCAGGUCUACUACUACAUUGUCGAUUCGCCGCGAAACGAGGGCAAAGAAUUCUUCGAAAUUAACCUGCAGAGUGGCGAAAUAUUCACGAAAACCGUAUUCGAUAGGGAGAAGAAGGGCGCCUAUGCCCUCGAGGUGGAGGCACGGGACGGAGCUCCAUCUGCUCGUCCCAAUAGCAAUGGACCAAAUUCAGUCACCAAAUUCAUACGCAUUGGCAUCGCCGAUAAAAACGAUAAUCCGCCCUAUUUCGACAAAUCGCUGUACGAGGCCGAAGUGGAUGAGAACGAGGACAUUCAGCACACAGUGCUCACUGUAACGGCCAAGGAUCACGACGAAUCCUCACGUAUCCGCUAUGAAAUUACAAGCGGCAACAUUGGCGGCGCUUUUGCGGUUAAAAAUAUGACGGGUGCCAUUUAUGUAGCUGGCGCUUUAGAUUACGAAACUCGACGCCGGUACGAACUUCGUUUGGCCGCUUCCGAUAAUUUGAAGGAAAACUACACCACCGUGAUUAUCCACGUAAAGGAUGUUAACGAUAAUCCCCCCGUUUUUGAGCGACCCACUUAUCGCACCCAGAUUACCGAAGAGGACGAUCGCAAUUUGCCCAAACGCGUCUUGCAGGUUACGGCCACAGAUGGCGACAAGGAUCGUCCCCAGAAUAUCGUGUACUUCCUCACGGGCCAAGGCAUUGAUCCGGAUAAUCCAGCCAAUAGCAAAUUCGACAUCAACCGCACCACUGGCGAAAUAUUCGUUUUAAAGCCCCUGGAUCGCGAUCAACCGAACGGACGUCCCCAGUGGCGAUUCACUGUAUUCGCCCAGGACGAGGGUGGCGAGGGACUCGUGGGCUAUGCGGAUGUCCAGGUCAAUCUGAAGGACAUCAACGAUAAUGCCCCCAUUUUCCCACAGGGCGUAUACUUUGGCAACGUGACCGAGAACGGCACCGCCGGCAUGGUUGUGAUGACCAUGACAGCAGUGGAUUACGACGAUCCCAAUGAGGGUUCCAAUGCCCGUCUUGUCUACUCUAUUGAAAAGAACGUGAUUGAGGAGGAAACUGGGUCCCCCAUAUUUGAAAUUGAACCCGAUACGGGUGUGAUAAAGACUGCAGUAUGUUGUUUGGAUCGCGAGAGAACUCCGGACUAUUCGAUACAGGUCGUUGCGAUGGAUGGCGGAGGGUUAAAGGGGACGGGGACGGCCUCUAUACGUGUUAAAGAUAUCAACGAUAUGCCGCCGCAGUUUACGAAAGACGAAUGGUUUACGGAAGUGGACGAAACGGAUGGUACGGCACUGCCGGAAAUGCCCAUUUUAACCGUAACCGUACACGAUGAAGACGAAACCAAUAAGUUCCAAUAUAAAGUUAUCGAUAACAGUGGUUAUGGUGCCGAUAAAUUUACCAUGGUGCGGAAUAACGAUGGAACUGGUUCCCUGAAAAUCGUACAGCCCUUGGACUACGAAGAUCAGCUGCAGAGCAAUGGCUUCCGUUUCCGCAUUCAAGUCAAUGACAAGGGCGAGGACAAUGACAAUGAUAAAUACCAUGUGGCCUACUCGUGGGUUGUGGUUAAACUAAGAGAUAUCAAUGACAAUAAACCGCAUUUCGACCGUGCCAAUGUGGAGGUCUCCGUUUUCGAGGACACUAAAGUUGGCACCGAACUCGAGAAGUUCAAGGCAACCGAUCCAGAUCAGGGUGGCAAGAGUAAGGUCUCCUAUUCCAUCGAUCGUUCCUCGGAUCGUCAGCGCCAGUUUGCCAUUAACCAGAAUGGUUCGGUAACUAUUCAACGUUCCCUGGAUCGCGAGGUUGUGCCGCGUCACCAGGUUAAAAUUCUGGCCAUCGAUGAUGGAUCUCCACCAAAGACCGCCACUGCUACUCUAACAGUUAUCGUUCAGGAUAUCAACGAUAAUGCUCCCAAGUUCCUAAAAGACUACAGACCAGUAUUGCCAGAGCAUGUGCCUCCACGUAAGGUGGUUGAAAUUCUGGCCACCGAUGACGAUGAUCGCUCCAAGAGCAAUGGCCCACCAUUCCAGUUCCGUUUGGACCCCAGUGCCGAUGAUAUUAUCCGUGCUUCCUUCAAGGUGGAACAAGAUCAAAAGGGUGCCAAUGGUGAUGGUAUGGCCGUCAUUUCCUCCCUGCGAUCCUUUGAUCGGGAACAGCAAAAGGAGUAUAUGAUCCCGAUUGUGAUCAAGGAUCAUGGUUCACCGGCAAUGACUGGAACCAGCACAUUGACCGUCAUUAUUGGCGAUGUAAAUGACAAUAAAAUGCAGCCUGGCUCCAAGGAAAUCUUCGUGUACAACUACCAAGGACAAUCGCCAGAUACUCCAAUUGGUCGGGUCUAUGUCUACGAUUUGGAUGAUUGGGAUCUGCCCGAUAAGAAGUUCUACUGGGAGGCCAUGGAGCAUCCGAGAUUCAAGUUGGAUGAGGACUCCGGCAUGGUCACCAUGAGAGCUGGAACUCGCGAAGGACGCUAUCAUCUUAGGUUUAAAGUCUACGAUCGUAAGCACACUCAAACCGAUAUUCCAGCCAAUGUCACAGUUACUGUGCGGGAAAUACCUCACGAAGCUGUUAUAAACUCGGGAUCAGUGCGUCUAUCAGGCAUUUCAGAUGAGGAUUUCAUUCGAGUCUGGAACUAUAGAACCCAGAGCAUGAGUCGCUCGAAAAUGGAUCGCUUCAGGGAUAAGCUGGCUGACCUACUGAACACCGAAAGGGAAAAUGUCGAUAUAUUCAGUGUGCAAUUAAAGAGGAAAUAUCCGCCUCUAACCGAUGUUAGGUUCUCGGCCCAUGGAUCUCCUUACUACAAACCUGUGAGGCUAAAUGGCAUUGUUCUGAUGCAUCGCGAGGAGAUCGAAAAGGAUGUCGGCAUCAAUAUCACCAUGGUUGGCAUCGAUGAGUGUCUGUAUGAGAAUCAAAUGUGCGAGGGUAGCUGCACAAAUGCCCUAGAAAUCAGUCCUUUGCCUUAUAUGGUUAAUGCCAACAAAACUGCCUUGGUGGGUGUUCGAGUGGAUACCAUUGCUGAUUGUACUUGUGGUGCCCGUAACUUCAGCAAGCCUGAGUCGUGCCGAACAACUCCGUGUCACAAUGGUGGACGUUGUGUAGAUACCAGAUUUGGUCCUCACUGCUCGUGUCCUGUGGGCUAUGCUGGUCCCAGAUGUCAGCAAACCACUCGCAGUUUCCGUGGAAACGGUUGGGCCUGGUAUCCUCCUCUGGAAAUGUGCGACGAAUCUCAUUUAAGCUUGGAAUUUAUUACCAGAAAACCAGAUGGUCUAAUCAUUUACAAUGGACCUAUUGUUCCACCAGAACGAGAUGAGACGCUUAUAUCAGAUUUUAUUGCUCUAGAAUUGGAGCGAGGUUAUCCUAGACUCCUUAUCGACUUCGGUUCGGGAACUUUGGAACUGAGAGUGAAGACCAAGAAGACCUUGGACGAUGGUGAAUGGCAUAGGAUCGAUCUGUUCUGGGACACCGAAUCCAUUCGCAUGGUCGUGGACUUCUGUAAAUCAGCGGAGAUUGCCGAAAUGGAGGAUGGUACUCCACCAGAAUUCGAUGACAUGUCCUGCCAGGCGAGAGGACAAAUUCCGCCAUUCAAUGAGUACCUUAAUGUUAAUGCUCCCUUGCAAGUGGGUGGAUUAUAUCGAGAGCAAUUCGAUCAGAGUCUGUAUUUCUGGCACUACAUGCCCACUGCCAAGGGUUUCGAUGGCUGCAUCCGAAAUUUGGUCCACAAUUCGAAACUUUAUGAUCUGGCUCAUCCGGGACUCUCGAGGAAUAGUCUUGCAGGUUGUCCACAAACCGAGGAAGUUUGUGCCCAAACGGAAACCACAUCUCGGUGCUGGGAACAUGGAAAUUGUGUUGGAUCGUUGUCCGAGGCUCGAUGCCAUUGCCGACCGGGUUGGACAGGACCUGCCUGUAACAUUCCUACAAUACCCACAACCUUCAAAGCCCAGAGUUAUGUAAAAUACGCCUUGAGUUUCGAACCGGAUCGUUUCAGCACUCAAGUCCAGUUGAGAUUCCGAACAAGAGAGGAGUACGGCGAACUUUUCCGGGUUAGCGAUCAACAUAAUCGAGAAUAUGGAAUUCUGGAGAUCAAAGAUGGUCAUCUGCACUUCCGUUACAAUCUCAACUCCCUUCGUACUGAAGAAAAGGAUCUCUGGCUAAACGCCAUAGUGGUUAACGAUGGUCAAUGGCAUGUGGUGAAGGUAAAUCGAUAUGGAUCUGCUGCUACCUUGGAGUUGGAUGGAGGAGAGGGUCGUCGCUACAACGAAACCUUUGAAUUCGUGGGGCAUCAGUGGUUGCUGGUGGACAAACAAGAGGGUGUCUAUGCAGGCGGAAAAGCUGAAUACACUGGUGUUAGAACGUUUGAGGUGUACGCCGAUUACCAGAAGAGCUGUCUCGAUGAUAUACGACUUGAAGGCAAACAUCUUCCUCUGCCACCGGCGAUGAAUGGCACCCAAUGGGGACAGGCCACAAUGGCCAGGAAUCUAGAGAAGGGUUGUCCAUCAAAUAAACCCUGCUCGAAUGUGAUCUGCCCCGAUCCCUUCGAAUGCGUAGACCUCUGGAAUGUUUACGAGUGCACCUGUCCGGCUGGCUACAAAAGCUCCGGCAGCUCUUGUAUCAACGACAACGAGUGCCUACUGUUCCCGUGCCGCAACGGUGGUAGGUGUCGCGAUCAUCAUCCUCCAAAGAAGUACGAGUGCCACUGCCCCAUGGGCUUCACCGGCAUGCACUGCGAACUGGAGUUAUUGGCCUCCGGCGUAUUGACGCCAUCCCGUGAUUUUAUUGUCGCCCUGGCACUCUGCCUGGGCACUCUGAUACUACUCGUCUUGGUAUUCGUCGUAUACAAUCGUCGCCGUGAGGCGCAUAUCAAAUAUCCGGGUCCCGAUGACGAUGUGCGCGAGAAUAUUAUCAACUAUGACGAUGAGGGAGGCGGCGAGGAUGAUAUGACCGCCUUUGAUAUCACACCCCUGCAGAUACCAAUUGGAGGGCCAAUGCCACCUGAGCUGGCGCCUAUGAAAAUGCCAAUUAUGUAUCCCGUUAUGACCUUAAUGCCAGGUCAGGAACCCAAUGUGGGCAUGUUCAUCGAGGACCAUAAAAAGCGCGCCGAUGGUGAUCCAAACGCGCCGCCUUUCGAUGACUUGAGGAAUUACGCGUACGAGGGUGGCGGCAGUACAGCUGGAUCGCUUAGCUCAUUGGCUUCAGGAACUGAUGACGAGCAGCAGGAGUAUGAUUACCUUGGAGCCUGGGGACCACGCUUCGACAAGCUGGCCAAUAUGUAUGGACCCGAGGCGCCCAAUCCCCAUAAUACCGAACUAGAAUUGUAAGCUGUCAGACCGAGGAGAAUCGAUGAAUCGAGUGGGGAGAAGGGCAAGACCGAAUCCAAAUCCGAUGCGGAUACCUAGAUGAACAAACUAAAAACUGUUAGUAGAUACAAAGUUGCAUUUAAAACGAAAUGAAAGCCCCACACUCGAGGGAAACUCACACACAAAGAAAGCGCAACCAAAGAAGCAUCUCAAUGCUGAAGUUGGCAGAACUCUCUACGUAAAUGGAAACUAAGAACUAGAAAACUAAAAAAAAAAAAGAGGGAAGGGAAAUGGAUAUGGAAAUGAAUUAAAAAUCAAACACAUAUUAUGACACGCAAAAUGACAUUUGUAAAAAUAUUUCAUCAGCAUUUAAAUUUAAAACAAUUACCAUAAUGAGAUUAAGUUAUUAGGGCAACCCGAUCCGAAAAUUAGGGUUGCACAUUUUCCAGCAUUUUUUGCGGGCAAGUUAAGAACGAGUUAAACGAAAAAAAAAUUAAGGAAAUUAAAGGAAAUGAGAAUUGUAAUAUGUAGGAGAGAGCAUACCAAAGUUUAGUUUAGGAGCGCUUAUGAAUUUAUAACUUUAGUUCUUGAACAGAUUUGUUGUGCAUAUUAUUUUAAGUUGUAAUUAUUAUUUAAGAAUAUUUAUUUAAGAAUUUUCUGUUUAUAAGUUCGUGACAUUUGUGAGAGUCAUUUAGCCUCUAAGACAGACAAGAAUUCUCAAAGCCUUUAAAUUAUCGAUAGCUUAAGUUCUCUUAUUUGGCAUUUAUUUUUAAGGAUUACAAUUAAACAGAAUUAAAACUUAUAUAAAGGAAUACCCAAAGACUGUUUUCGUUCCAUCAUAACAAGUAUAUACAUACAUUAAAAAAAAAACACAAACAUAUAUAUAUUAACAUAAAAACAUUACGAAAUUUUUAACUGCAAGUCGAGGGGCAUUUCAAAAAUUGCCGCAUUGUGUAUCAUUCAAUUUAAAGUAAACCACAAUCGGCAAUCUCUGGGCAAAAUGUCAGGAUAAAAAAAUCUCCUAAAAAUAUUCUAAAUGCAGAAAACCUAUGCUAAAAAUCUCCAUUCAAAGCGAAUCUUGCCGAAGAAAUGCUGGCAAAGUAAAGUAAAGAGUAAAAGUAAAAAAAGAAAAAUUACCUUUAGAUGAACUUAGCGCAAUUGAUAUAAUUAAAAUGAAUACUUAAAAAGAAACAAAAAAAUAUAUAUAUAUUAAUGAUGAAAAAAUGGAAAAGUAUUUUACAUUGUAUAUAUUAUUAGUUUUAGCACGUAUACAAAGAAUCACAUAGACACAACAACAAUAUUAAACCAAAUGAAAUUGGUAGCAAAACAUAAAAUCUUAUUAAGUCAUUUCAACUAGAGUGGAAGAACGCAUUCAAAUUAAAACAAAUAAAAUCCUCCAUAUACAUAAACCCAAAACAAACUGCAUUUAAAAACAAACAAACUUUUUCCACACGACAAAGCAAACGUUUUUGCAGGUGAACUGUUUUUUCUCCAUUUGUUUGCCGCAACUUUUAUCGACAGAUAAUAGUAGCAAAUAUUUUUCAUUUUCCAUUUGUUGUUUCAUAGACCCACACAUAAUAAAAUUUGAUUUUAUAAGUUGAAUUCACGUUAUUGUUUUCAAAUUCAAACUGUCAGCCAGAAAAACAAAAUCAGACAAACAGGUUACCGAUUACAGAUUGUAGAGAACCGUAAGUACAUAAUAUAUAAAGAAAUAUAUAAAUGAAAUCUAUCUAAAUCAUAGAGUUUUCCAGGCAGCAUGGCCACAAACUUGAUCCUAUUGAAAAUUCCCUUUCAGUUCCUUAAUUUUACAGAUUUUCCCUUAAGGCAGAUAUGAAACACCAAACACCGAACACAGCCAGACACACAAAUUUCGGUAUUCGAAUUAUUCCUACUACCACAAGUGAAAAGUUAAUAAAAAGUACUUAAGCAACACAUACCAUAUACAUAUAAACAAGUGGAAAUGGAGAAAAAUCUAACAAAACUGCAACAAAAGUUGACUAUUGAAAAGUGCAAAGAUUUUAACGUAAUUGUUAAACCAUACAGCGAAAUAAAUAAUAAUAAUAAACUUCUCUGCUGUACUUGUUUAAGAAAAUUCAUAGAAAUUUUAAAGCACAUUAAUUGUUAAAUCGAACCUUAACUCGAAGUAGCCAUUUACGGAUAACCAAAGCCAUCUUUUGCAUGAUUUGCCAGCGCAGUGAAGCUACAGUGCGGUUCGGUACAGCAAGUCCGCAAUUAAAUUGACACACAGAAGACACUGCCAAAAUUAUGGUAUAGUUUAGCAAAAACUCUUUAAGGUUAAUUCAACGAACAGUUCCUUUUUGGUUUUCGCUUUUCUUUCGCGCACUGAACUUUUCAUUUGGCCUUCUUUCUAACGCAUCUGACUAUGAAUAAAUUUUGCAUUUAUAUAUGUAUAGGUCGAACAGCAAACUGAAACGAAACAAAAAUACAUCUCAAACAACCACAAAACAAACACAUUGAACAAAUGCAAACAUUUUAAAUUGAAGACAUUCAGAUAAACAGCAAACAAAAGAACCGAAACGAUAUUUUAUAUUUAUUACAGCAGAAAAAACACAUAGAAUAUAAACCAAAUUAUUAGAAUGGCAAGUGAAUUAUAUACUCAUUUACACGUAUUUGUUAUAUAUUUUGUAAUGUAAGUUAGAGGCAUAUACUAUAUAUUGAAUAAUGCACAGACACAUAUACAUAUAUAAUGCGAAAUACAUUUACAGACACACACAUAUAGAAUAACACAAUGACAGACUGACAGUUAGACAGACCUACAUACAUACAUGCGAUGCAAGAAUCAUACUAUUUGAUAACUAUGUAUUUAUAAUGUAUGCAUUUUUUACCAACCCAAAAACAAGCGGCAACAAAACCGAAUCUCCUCUAUGAAACAUUAAACCCAUUAAGUCAAAUAAAAUGGAAAGCAUACUCUCACACACACACACCAACAUAGAAGAAAAUGGGAAACCAAAAAGUAUAUAAAAAACCGAUUUGAAUGCAGUUUUAGAUAAAUUUGCAUAUAAGUACAUUAUUAUGUAAAAUCACUUUAAUAUACAGUAAACAGAAAAGGAAAACGGAAACUAGUAUUAAAAACAAAAAAGAAAUUAUGAAUAAAUUACGAGUAAUACAAACAAAAGCAAAGCAACUGCUAGAAAAACUAACAAAUCAAUUGUGUCAGUAUCGAAAAUGAUAAAAAUGCUAAUUAAGUAAGCGACAGAGAAAGGCGUGAAAAAACGUGUAAGCUAAUCACGCGCCACUUGUGGAAAAUGGGGAAAAUAUUUAGUUAAGAAAACCUAUACACGAACAUACACACAAACAACAUUGACAUAUAUACACACACACACACACAUUC